UCUACUAGGAAAGUCACAAAACUUUCACUAGAAGCCAAUUCUAGUCCAUCUGUAUUUUUUAGGCCAACCCUAUUUUUUCAUAUUAUAACCCAUCAUUCUUUUCCCCCCUUUUAUAAUGGAUCCUACUUACUUUUAAAAGCCAUAUUCCUUCCUUGCACCCCAAGUACAUUUAUAAAUACUCACAUAAAUGCAAACUCACUAGCCAAAACAACCCUUAAAAAACCGUAACAUAUUAUUGUAAGCUUAGUUUAAAGAAAUGGCUAACCCAAACUACUCAAAGAACCAAAGUUCAUCCUAUGAGAGUGAUUGUAAGGCGAUUUACGAGUCAUGGGGGAGGCUAAGCACCAUGGUACAAACACUCGCGACACGAUCAACACAAGCCGAGAGGAGGGAAAUAAGGGAGACUUAUAAAGCAAUGUAUAAUGAAGAUUUAUUGAGUCAUUUGCAAAGGGUUAAGAUGAUGUUGAGUGGUAAAUCAAGCAAUGAGGAGACUAAAUUCUCGGUCGCGACAUGUGAGGCCUUGUUGUUAUGGAUGGUUGAUCCAUGGGAAAGAGAUGCUUGUUUUGCUAAGAAUUCACUUGAAGAAAAUGAGACUGAUUUUAAGGCUUUGGUUGAAAUUUUUGUUGGUAGGAAAUCAAGUCAUAUUCUUAUGAUUAAACAGGCUUAUCAAAAUAGGUUUAAGAGGCAACUUGAUCAUGAUAUUGUCAACUUAGAACCUCCUCAUCCUUGCCAAAAGAUUUUGGUAGCAUUGGCAACAUCUCAUCAAGCUCACAAUGUUGAUGUGAGCCAAGACAUAGCAAAAUGUGAUGCAAUGAGGCUCUAUCAAACAGGGGAAGCAAGUUCAGGGUGCAUUAAUCAAGCUGUAGUUCUUGAAAUUCUAAGUAAAAGAAGUAUUCCUCAGCUUAAACUCACCUUUUCGUCGUAUAAACGCAUCUUCGGCCACAGUUACACUAAGCAACUCAAGAAGGUUAAUUCGACACAAUUUGAGGACUCAUUGAGAAAUUUAGUUGAUUGCAUUCAAGACCCUCCCAAAUACUAUGCCAAGAUGUUGCAAAGUUGCAUGAUGAAAGGCGAGGAUACGAACAACGGAUCCUUGACGCGGUUGAUGGUGAGCCGAGCUGAGAUCGAUAUGGGUGAUAUUCAAAAGGUAUUCAGGAAGAAAUAUGGGGUGGAACUUAGAGAUACAAUAUGUCAAGCCAUUCCUGAAGGGGAUUACAGAGUUUUUAUGUUAGCAUUGGCUAACAACGCAAAUUCUGGUAGCUUUAACUAGUAGAAAUUUAGUAGCAUAUGUACAAAGUUCUAUGUAAUCGUGUUAAAACUAAUCAUCAUAGUUAGGAUUAAAAACUAUGAUGAUUAUUAUUGAGUUAUAUCUUGUUAAAGUGUAACCCUUGAUGUAAGAAUAUUAGAUUGUGAUUACAACUAACUGUCGUAGCUUUAAAAAACAUUAGUGAGCCCAGUGGCUUUUCCCCUUCCUGUUUGCAAAUGUUGAUAUACUGUCGCCGUCUUAAUUUAGCUGUUAUAAUUAUUCUUGUAAAGUUGUCCUAACCACUGACAUUCUUCUUUAAAAGGUCCCCACUAUAGAUUAACACAUAGCGGUCCGUCUUUGGAGAUCCUUAAAAUAGUAGUUAACUUAUUAUGUUCGAGUAAGCCGAUUAAAAUUGCUACGUGUUGAAUAUUUAGUGGUCGUUUUAUGAAUUUUAUUGUAGUACUAGUAAAAUGAAAAGAACAGAGCUUAUAGGGAGGAAGGGUGGGAGUUUAGAGUGGAUGAGGAUUUUAUUUAUUUAUUUUUUUAAAUACUGCAACUAACAGAAAAAGACCUCACCCUUUGUUGAAAUAGUAGAUUCAAUAAUAGAAAUAAAACAAGAAAUUAUUCUUAAUUACUAUCUCAGUUCCUACAUGUUUAUUAUGUUUUCUACAUUAAGGAUUAGAGGUAGUAAUACUUG